CUGCGAGGGAUGCGUGCGUCUUUGCGCCGGCCGGGCAUGCGGCCUUGGGGGACGUAUGAUGGGGAUGCGGAUGCCAUGGCAACAGGCCGAUUAGAUCCGGACCUUUUAUAUGCACAUUUAUUUAUUUAAUAUGUCAUUUGCAUGCUACGCGCGCCUCUGUGGACGUGCUGGCUCGACCUCUGAGUGUUGAGUCAGAGUGAGAAGUGAAUUUCAGCUCCAGUCCGUCGGCUGUGAAGGAGCAGCCACCUUUAACGCUCAACAAGUUGUUUUAUUUUUUCUUUUAAGGAGGCUUUUGAAUUCAUCAGGGCGCACCGUUUUACCUUGGAGCUGCUUAUUCUAUUGAAAUAAGGCGUCCUUUAAUGUGUCCUCGGUGCCAUAGAGGGAGAAAGGACAGCGCUGUAUCCCGGUAGUCUGGACACAAUGUCAUUGAAAGUCGGCAGAAGUGGAAGUAGAUGGCAGCAGCUGCUGAUGAGCGAGUAGGAGAUUUCGGGCGUCAGACUCUGAACACCUGACCAGGUUAAUUCCGACGUCACUUUUACAGAACAGCUCUGUUGUAGAGCCGGUUGUCUCCUCCUCUGGCUGUCUGAGCGCUCCUGUCGGGCUGGCAACGUUUCUGCGCGCCUCCUAUCGUGAUGAGUGUUUUUCCGCUGGGAUGCUGAACAUGACAACGUGCCGCGGAUUCCGGGAAAUCAUGGGCUAGAUUUGGGGUCAUUUGACUUGUUUGCGCCGUCUUGUGUGUCCCUGUCGAUUCGUUUUUUCCCUGUGUGCUUGUUUCUAGUGUGCGUGUCAGAAUGAAUCAGUGCGCCUUGGAGUAUGAGCGCCUGUUUGUGCCUAUUAUGUGCGUCCCUUAUGUGCAUUAACAUGCCAUCCUUCCUGACAGAGGAUCAAGUGUCCUUGUCAUUCAUCCGCAGAUGAAUGUUCCCCACCUUGCCGCUCAAAACCAUCUCUUACAUAAUGGUGUAUGUGGAGAAUAGCCAAAUUGGGUGAGCCGCCUGGUCAUAUAGGCUACACGGACAGGACCCAGACGGCCAAUGAGCGGCGAGCUCCGUUAUCUACAAAAGACCGGGAAUCCGGUGCCAAUAUGACCGGCGUCGGAGCGUUGAGGGCGGCUGUGGAGAGGAGAGGGAGGGCCGCUGGUGGAGAGAAACGUUUCAAGGACGAGGAAGGAGGAAUGGUACAGAAACAUCUGUGAGGACAAAAGAGAGUCUUAAAGAGGAAAAGUGAAGCUGCUGGCGUCACACCGGCAGGGUGAAGGAUUUAACGUCUGGAUGGGGCUGUUUCCAAGGGCACUGAGGUAAGCAUGGCCACAUCGGUGGAGAGAGGGCGGAGGUGUGAGCUGCCGGCUCCAGGACAAUGACUGGAGAUACACAGAGCACUUUUCUCUAGCGCCUUCUAUUUAGCAUUCAGACUGACAUUGACAUUCUCACCUAAUCUGAAGAGGUCGAGUACAUUACAGAGUAGUUUUCCUGAGGGUUACAGGUUUUAUUCACCCUCUUCCUCCUCCUCUUCCUCCCUGAGUUGGGAUGGAUGGGGUGGCUGGAGGUGUGGGUACCCCCGGUAGCGCCGGGGGGUCUGGGGGUGACAGCCUCCCCAGGCGUAACGGAGGGGACGCGAAGCGACGCAGCAAGGGCAGCCUGCCCUCCCCGGGCUACAGGCUGUCCCAGGCCUCACUGGAGGGGGAGAGGGGCUCGUUUGGAGCGGACAGCACCUCCUCAGGUGGACGCGGCCGUCGCCCCUCCAUCAUGAGCUCCUCCACCAGAGACGGCCUUCCCUUCCGCGCAGCCGGCACCCCAACCACCCCGGUGCCCCUGCCGCCCCCGCCCUCCUCCUCCUCUGCUACAGCCCAUCCUCCUCCUCCGCGCUCAGUGGGCUUUGCCGCGACCCGCGCCGCCCUGCCCUCCACCUCCUCCACCGGGACCGGAGUGAUGGUGGUGGCAACCGGCCCAGAGACCACCACCACCACCACGGCAUGCAACACCACUGCAGCAGGGACCCCCGAGCUGAUGGGUCCGUCUGGACUGGGUGGGUUCGGCAUGGGGCUGGACGGGGAGGACUACAGCACCUCCAACCAGAGCACCUUCAUCCAGAGACAGUUUGGGGCCAUGCUUCAGCCCGGGGUCAACAAGUUCAGCCUGCGCAUGUUUGGGUCCCACAAAGCUGUGGCGAUGGAGCAGGAGAGACUGAAAUCAGCGGGGUCGUGGAUCAUACACCCGUACAGUGACUUCAGAUUCUACUGGGACCUGUUGAUGUUAAUGCUGAUGAUGGGGAACUUAAUCAUCCUGCCAGUGGGCAUCACUUUCUUUAGAGACGAGAACACUCCCUCGUGGAUCAUCUUCAACGUGGUCUCUGACACUCUCUUCAUGGUCGACUUGGUUCUCAACUUCAGGACUGGCAUCAUAAAGGAAGACAACACUGAGAUACUGCUGGACCCCAGGGCGAUCCGCCAGAAGUACCUGAAGAGCUGGUUCCUUGUGGACUUUGUGUCAUCCAUCCCGGUAGACUAUAUCUUCCUGAUGGUGGACAGUCUGGACUCUGAGGUCUACAGGACAGCCAGGGCACUGCGCAUCGUCCGUUUCACCAAAAUCCUGAGCCUGCUUCGACUGCUUCGCCUGUCCAGACUCAUCCGCUACAUCCAUCAGUGGGAGGAGAUUUUCCAUAUGACCUAUGACCUUGCCAGUGCCAUGGUGAGGAUAGUUAACCUGAUCGGUAUGAUGCUGCUGCUGUGCCACUGGGACGGCUGUCUCCAGUUCCUGGUCCCCAUGCUGCAGGACUUCCCUCCUGACUGCUGGGUUUCCAAGAACCUGAUGGUGAAUGACACAUGGGGCGUGCAGUACUCCUAUGCUCUGUUCAAAGCCAUGAGCCACAUGUUGUGUAUCGGGUACGGUGCCCAGGCUCCAGAAGGGAUGACUGAUGUGUGGCUCACCAUGCUCAGUAUGAUCGUAGGUGCCACCUGCUACGCCAUGUUCAUCGGCCACGCCACCGCUCUCAUCCAGUCACUGGACUCCUCACGACGACAGUACCAGGAAAAGUACAAGCAGGUGGAGCAGUACAUGUCGUUCCAUAAGCUUCCUGCAGAUGUUCGGCAAAAGAUCCACGAGUACUACGAGCACCGCUUCCAGGGGAAAAUGUUUGAUGAGGAGAACAUCCUGGGAGAACUCAGCGAGCCGCUUAAAGAGGAGAUCGUCAGCUUUAACUGCCGCAGCCUGGUGGCUAACAUGCCACUGUUCGCCAAUGCUGAUCCCAACUUCGUGACCGCUGUGCUGACCAAGCUCCGCUUUGAAGUGUUCCAGCCUGCAGACUUCAUCAUCCGUGAGGGCACAGUUGGACGGAAGAUGUACUUCAUCCAGCACGGACGAGUCAGCGUGUUGACCCGUGGCAACAAGGAAACCAAGCUGAGCGAUGGGUCUUACUUUGGAGAGAUCUGUUUGUUAACCCGUGGACGGAGGACAGCCAGUGUGCGUGCAGAUACUUAUUGUCGCCUGUACUCUCUCAGUGUGGACAGCUUUAAUGAGGUGCUGGAGGAACAUCCAAUGAUGCGACGUGCCUUCGAAACUGUCGCAGUUGACCGACUGGACCGUAUCGGCAGGAAGAACUCCAUGCUCCUGCGGAAGUCCUCCCAGGGUGGUUCUCUGGGUGGCAGUAUGGGUCGUGGUGGAGGUCGGGGUGGAGGGGGUCCAGGAGCAGGAGGCCUUACAGCAGGCAGUCUGGGUUCCUGUGACAGCAUGCUGGUGCAGCAGAUUGUCAAACACGACAGCAUGCCUGCCAUGCAGGACGCCAUUGCGGCCGCUGCUGCAGGAAGAAGUGGAGUCAUGGGAGGAAGUGGCACGGUGUCUCCACGGCCACGCCCAGUUAUCUGGGCACCGCUGGUCCAUGCCCCCCUGCAGACUGCUGCUGCCACCAGUAAUGUAGCCAUCGCCCUCAUGCACCAGCAGCAGCAACAGCAGCAGCAGCUCCAGCAGUUGCAGCAGCAGCAUGCGCUCGGAGGUGCUUUCUUCCUGCCUUCCCCUCUUAUUUCUCCUUCUCCCUCCUCCUCUUUCCCUCUGUCUCCUCCUCGUCCUCCUGUGUUACAGCCCCUCCGCCCCUCUGUGAGCUCUCUUAUUGGGAUGAUGACAAUGGGAGGGAUGGGAGGGUUAGGAGGAUUAGGAGGGUUAGGGGGGAUGGGUGGGAUGGGUGGCUUGUCCCCAAGAGGAUUUCCGGCCUCUCCUUCAACCAUGGGUCCCCCUGGUGGGUUGACAUCGCCCCCUGUUGCUAAAACUCCACCGACACCAGCCUCCUCUGUCCCGACUUCAGUCCAACAAGGCAGACCUCUUCAUUACAGCCUCCGCCUCCAGGCUGAUCAUCCCACAGUGAUUGCUGGAUCACUAGGAACCCCGACUGGUGCAGGGCCACCAACUCCACCCCUCCACAAGAUACCUGCCACCAACCCCUCUGCUGCUUGUGGUGCUCCCUCCGAUAGCAACACUUCUGUGAUGGGCCAGCAGGGAGCGAAAGAAGCUCUGUUACGUCACGGAGGACCCAGCUCUCAGGGUCUGCCAGCACUGGGCAGACUCACCCAGGAGGCCAGGCUGCUGUCGGCCUCACAGCCCACUCUGCCUCACCGCUCCUGGGCUGGAGUGCAGCCUCACCCUCCUCUCCACAGGAAGGCCUCUGGUGGUAAUUUGCUGGCGGCUCCUUUCCUUGCAGGGCAGUUAGCCAGGGGAAGCAGUGCGGGCAUGCUGACCUCAAACGUUCCAGUACAGCUGCUGACAAACAUACCAUUUAACGCACAAACACAAGCACAGGCCGCAGUUCCUAUUCAGCCAGCGUUAGCACAGAAUCAGCCCACACAAUCUGCCCCUCAUGCUGCCUCCAUGGCCGCACCUACAGCUGCACACAUGCCUUCAGCAGCUUCCUCCUCCCCUCCGAAACAGACCCCGCUCUCCUCUGCUGCCCCUUCACCUGCACCCACUCCCUCGUCUCCUACACCAAUACUCCCUCAGACACCUCGUCCUAAACCAAUCCCAAUGCCACCCUCUCGCUCCUCCUCUCCUCCUCCCUGCUCCACCCCUCCUUCAGCAGGAACAAACCCGCUGUCGCUCUCAUCAACUCCUCGUCCCAAACCAAUCCCUACACCCUCUCCCCGCUCUUCCUCUCCCUCUCCCUCUCCCUCCUCCACACCGCCUCCAUCAUCUGUUACUACCCCUGUUCCACUACCUCAAACUUACGGGCCCAAGUCAUCUUUUACCUCCUCUUCCCCCCCAUCCUCUUUGAUCACCUCCAUCCCACCACGACCCCAGAGCCCCCGAGCCAAGGCAUCCAACACACCUCCUUCUGCCUCACCAUUGUCAGGCCCCAGUCCUGCCCCAACCCCAAUCCCUUCUCCAAUACCGACUCCCACUCAAACUACCCGCACCCGCACUUCCACCCCCGUUCAGACUCCUACACAAACCAUGACACCUGUUACUCCUAUCCCUGCACCGUCCCCUUCUCCUAUGCCUGUUACACCUGUCCCUUCACUGAGUAAAUCCCAGAGUCCAACCCCUUGUCUCCAGCCCACUGUCUCCAGCUCGACCCGAGCCCCCCCUUUGAGCCAGAUCCCAAAACAGACCCCAGUCCAGUCACCAUCUUCUUCCCCAACAACAGCUGGCACUAGCACUCAACGUAAAAUAACUUUCUCAGUUCAUCCUGUGAAGCAAAUCCCGUCCGUCCCGACACCAAGCCCCACUUCGGGCUCCGAUCAUUCCACCAAACCAACCCCACCGACACCCUCAUCCUCUGCAACUUCAUGCUCCAUUAAACCCUCAUCUCUUACAACCACCUCUCCCCCCACCACCACCGCCGCCACCUCUUCUAGUGCCCAAUCUGCCUCUGCUCCCUCCCCCAAACAAAUGCCAACCACCACAGCUGCCCCCACCCACUCCUCAAAACUCAGUACACCCUCAACCCCUGCCCAGACCUCUCAGGCAGCCACCACUACACCCGCCCAGUCAGCACAUGCAGCCACUCCUGCCAACACCACCUCACCUAAAGGUGGGAAAAAAGACCCACAGCUGCCACUCGCCAGAAAAGACUCAGAAGGACUGAGACACAAACUGCCUGCUAACAUGUAAGAAAAAAGAGGAAGAAAAUCUCACAGGAUGUUGAUGUUGCGGCCGGUGCUGAUUAGCAGAGCCAUGCAUAAACAGAGUUGUGUCCGAGUUGGAGCCAGACAUCUAAUGAUGUCGUGUGGACAGGUCCAUCUUGUUUGCAUUCACUCUAGGAUGUGAUUGUCUUAGAACAUCAGGUGUUUGUGUGACUCUCAACCAAGCCAUUGCUCGAGGACUGUCUGGGUGUGUCGGUGCAGGCAAUGGUAGAGUCUGAAAAACCAUCCAAAUGUAUACAUACAUAUCUGUGUUAGUGAUUGUUGGAGCAAGCGGGGGAGCUGAAGUGGAAACAAAACACACGGUGAAAUGGGAUGGAAGCAAUAGCGGAGAAAAAACAAAGUCUCCAUUUUCUUGACAAUGGAAGUAGCAAUACAUGUGAAACAUUUGAGAGGGAAUUACCUUGACAAUAACAAUAAAUGUGAGAAAAUAAUAAUCGUUCUGCUGUUGGGAAGACCGUCUCUUGUGAUGUCCGUUUCAGGCAAUAGAGCAGACACUUCCGGGUUUCCAGCUCCAACUCCCUCUUGCCUCCCAUUCUGCACCAAAGUGUAAUAUUUUCUCAUCAGAAUAAUAAUAACGAUAAGAAUAUAGAGUUUAAAAAUCACUGUAAAGUCAAUACUCAUAUGAAUUUGAAUAAUUAGGAGCAGUCCACUGGUAGUUUUGUUGUCCCAGGUGUGUGGUGUUUAGUUUUUUGGACAAAAGUUUUAAACCUACAUGUUCACUCUGACGAUUUCUGUAUAUUGUGUUUUGGUUUUUUUUCUGUGUGACAGACAAUACUGCUCUGCUGUGCACCGUGGCUCACUUGAUUUUCAUCCCACCCGGCUCCAUGUACUGUAAAUACGUGCCUCUCUGUGGGUCUGUUGUAAGCUUCCUCACUCCUCAGCCUCUCUGUCUUUCAUCUCCUCUCUGUCUCGCCGCCUUUCAUCUGAUUUCACAGCCGCGGUCGCUAACUGCUUCUUUGGCGCUCACAGACUCUCUCCCUUUCUCUCGGUUUGCCCGACACUUGUUCAUGUUCAAAUGGCUCUCCCUUCUGUCGCCCCAUCACACUGUUUCGGCGCCAUUCCCAGUGAUGUUUGAUGUUUUGUGUGGGUAGCAACGAGACUUUUCUGUCUUAACCCCUGAUACCAUGUUGCCUAGACUAUAUAUUAAAGGACCAAAUGUUUUAUUUUUUAUUUAUCACAGCUUUAGCUUUUGAACAGAGAAAAAAAAAGCUAAUAAUGCUGUCACGAUGAGGAUCCUGAGCGUGGUGUUGAAGGUGAUGAUUAUGAUUGUGAUUAUGAUGAUGAUGAUGAUGAUAUUCUUGACAACCAUGACAGUGAUG